AAAACACAAACGAACUAAGUGUUCAAUUCUACGUUUUCAAGCUUCUUCUAUAACUUAUCGAGUGAAAAGAAAAAUGGCAGAAUACGGAGAUCAGACAUACGGAAGAGAAGGUCGGCAAACAGAUGAGUAUGGCAACCCUGUUCAGAAAACUAAUGAGUACGGAAACCCACUUCACUCUACCACCGAUGAAACCAUGGGUGAUUAUGGUGUCACUAGUCACCAGGGUCUAGGUCACGCCACCGGAGAAACUGAAUCUUAUCAAAACCAACCUAGCGCCACCCCUUUGUCCAGCAGCAACAUUGGCAUAGGAACUGGGGCAGGCUACGAUCAACAUAGAGAAGAAGGCCACGAGAAGAAAGGGGUGACGGAGAAGAUCAAAGAAAAACUUCCUGGUGGUCAUAACACGGACGAGCAUUCCACAACAACAGCAGGCGGUGUUGGUGGUGGUGGUUAUGGGGAAGGGGAAACCCACGAGAAGAAAGGGGUGAUGGAGAAGAUCAAGGAUAAGCUUUCUGGGCAUUAGAUCCUAUGAUAUCUUUGUGACGAUGCAUGUGUAUAUAGAAUAAUGAGAUGCCUGAAUAAUAAUCUGGUGUAUUGGUGUCGUUUGCCUUGUAUGUUCUUGAUGGGUAAGAAGCAUAGAGGUGGGAUUGAGCGUUGUAUUGUGUGUUAUCUCGUAUGUAAUUUGGUUUAGUUUUAUUGCGUUUUUCCAUGAUA